ACUAGUCAGACUUAUUGGACCACUUUUGGAGCGACAGACCCGUCGGAAUCAAGCCCUUACACCCGACAACAGAUUUUGAUUACCUUGAGGUUUCUUGCCACGAGUAAUUUCAUGCAGGUUAUUGGUGACACCUUUGGUGUGGACAUUGCUACAGUUUCCAGAGUUAUCACAAAAGUGACUGACAUACUUUUCGGACUGAAGGACCAGGUAAUAAAGUUUCCAAUGACCGACACUGACCGACGAAAAGUCAUGAAUGGGUUUUACGCAAUACGCGGAUUUCCCUCAGUGAUUGGAUGCAUAGAUGGAACUCACGUAAAACUGAUAUCCCCAGGACAACCAGAUGAAGCAGCAUAUGUUAACAGGAAACAUCAGCAUAGUAUAAAUGUACAGGCAACUUGUGAUCAUAAAGGGAAGUUUACAAGCCUAAAUGCGUGCUGGCCAGGAAGUUGCCAUGACAGCCACGUCUUCAGAAUGUCAAGUAUUGGCAGACACUUGCAAAGUCACAACCAAGACCCACAAAAUGGAUACCUUUUAGGAGACAGUGGAUACCCGUGCCGACCAUUUCUUAUCACACCCUUUUUACAGCCAAGAAACGAGAAUGAAGAGCGAUUUAACAAGGCACACAUUUCGACACGCAAUGUAGUAGAGAGAGUGUUCGGAGUUUGGAAGAGAACCUUUCAAUAUCUUACAUGGUGA